UGCUGGAGCCUGAGUGUCUGGCUCUGGGAUGGGAAAGAUAGAGCCAGGUCAGGGGCUGGCACCAAGGCCUGAAAAUGGGGCAAGGGUGGGGGCCAAGGCAAACCCUGAGCUGUCAAGGAAUGGGAAGGUCACAGGACCAGGGCAGGGACUCAGGUGUCUUUGAGGCCCUGAGAAGGGGCUGACCUCUGAGCUACCUUACACUCAGGUGUGUCAGUGCCCCUCCCUUGAGGAAGGGCUGGCCAGGCCUACUGGCAGGAGGGUGGGGGCAGAAAGACAGCCUCUGAUAUGCUGCCAGUUGGGACCUGUGCCAGGCCAAUGGGCCUACCACCACCCCCGACCCCCCACAACAAUUCCAGGCUCAGCAGCCAGUCCCCAGGGGGCAGGCCACCUUGCCCUGGCCAGCUCUAGGUUGGGAAGUAGGUGCCUGUGCCUUUAAAUUCUCAGCAGGUUGAAACGGCUGAUGACAUCACUGGUUCCCGGGAGCGGAGGAGCUAGAGCCAGAGCCCGAGGGAGCCCGGGCUGCCUGCCGGGGCUGCAGACAUGGAGGGCCAGGGCGUCAGUGGCAGUGGGAGGCUGGGGACCCGGGCUGGCCUGGGCCCCCUGCCCAUGCCCCAUGGGGUUUCCCAAACUGGGGCACCCUCCAAGGUGGACUCAUGUUUUCAGCUCCCAGUGAAGGAGAAGGCAGCCUUGGAACCAAGGUUGGCUCUGACACCUGUGGGGCCACGAGCAGUUACGCCGCCUUCCUCAGAGGGGCCGAGGCUGGCUCUGGCGUCUCCCCGACCUGUCCUGGCUCCAAUGACUACCCCUGGAGGGCGGAAAACAACUCCUGCCCAUCUCAGCUCCAGUGUGGCUCCAAAAUCUGUGGGCCAGUUGGUGAUGUCUGUUUCAGCUGGGCCGAAGCCUCCUCCGGUGACCUCAGGUUCAGUCCGGGCGCCAGCAUCCCUGGGGCAGCUGGUGAUGUCUGCCUCAGCUGGGCCUCGGCUUCCUCCAGCCACUCCGGGGCCCAGGCUGGCUCCACUGUCCAGGGACCAGAAGCAGGUGCCACCUGCCUCCGUGGGACCCAAGCCAGCACUGGCUGCUUCAGGCCUAAGCUUAGCCCUGGCAUCCGAGAAGCACCCUCCACAGCCCCCCUCGAGCUCUUCCCCAGCAUCCAAUCCAGCUCUAUCGCCCACUCAGGAACAGGCCCUGGCUUCAGCAUCCAUGACAUCAGCACCAGCCUCUGUUGGAUGGACACCAGCUAAACAGAGGGAUGCCCCAGCCCCUACACCUCUCCCCCCUUCUGCAGGACAUCUCCAGCCCCCAGCUCAGGCAUCUGGUCCUGUGGGAUCCCCAUCCUUGAUCCAAGCCCCCCCAGACCCUUGGAUCUCCCCCUCCUUCAGAGCCCGGCCUGAGGCCCCCCGCAGCAGCCCUGAGGAUCCUGUCUUGCCCCAGCCACCCCAGACCCUGCCCCUGGAUGUGGGCCAGAGACCUCCAGAGCCUGGUACUCGUUCCCCAGGACUUCUGUCCCCCACCUUUCGGCCAGGGGCCCCAUUAUCCCAGACUGUGCCCCCACCUCUGCCCAAGCCACCUCGGUCUCCCAGCCGCUCCCCCAGCCGCUCCCCCAACCGUUCCCCCUGUGUCCCCUCAGCCCCUGAGAUGGCCCUCCCCAGGCCUGGCACCCAGGGUGCUGGUCCUGGUGGGCACCUGAGCCCCAGCCUUCAGCCCCGAGAAACCCCAGCCCUGGUCACCACCUCCUCUUCUACGUCCACCUCACCAUCCUCCUCUUGGUCAGCUCAGCCCACCUGCAAGAGCGAUCCCGGCUUCUGGAUUACUGUGGUCACGUGGAACGUGGGCACCGCCAUGCCCCCUGACGAUGUCACAUCCCUCCUCCACCUGGGCAGCAGCAGCAGCGAUGACAGCGACAGGGCAGACAUGAUCGCCAUCGGGUUGCAGGAAGUGAACUCCAUGAUCAACAAGCGGCUCAAGGACGCACUCUUCACGGACCAGUGGAGUGAGCUCUUCAUGGAUGCAUUGGGGCCCUUCAAUUUCGUGCUGGUGAGCACUGUGCGGAUGCAGGGCGUCAUCCUGCUGCUGUUUGCCAAGUACUACCAUCUGCCCUUCCUGAGGGACGUGCAGACUGAUUGCACGCGCACAGGCCUAGGUGGCUACUGGGGCAACAAGGGUGGAGUGAGUGUGCGACUGGCAGCCUUCGGGCACAUGCUGUGCUUCCUCAACUGCCACCUGCCGGCCCACAUGGACAAAGCGGAGCAGCGUAAGGACAACUUCCAGACCAUCCUCAGCCUCCAGCAGUUCCAGGGGCCUGGCGCUCAGGGCAUCCUGGAUCACGACCUCGUGUUCUGGUUCGGGGACUUGAACUUCCGCAUUGAGAGCUACGACCUGCACUUUGUCAAAUUUGCCAUCGACAGCGAGCAGCUCCACCAGCUCUGGGAGAAAGACCAGCUUAACAUGGCCAAGAAUACCUGGCCUAUCCUGAAGGGCUUCCAGGAGGGGCCUCUCAACUUUGCGCCUACCUUCAAGUUUGACGUGGGUACUAAUAAAUAUGACACCAGUGCCAAGAAGCGGAAGCCAGCCUGGACAGACCGUAUCCUGUGGAAGGUCAAGGCUCCAGGUGGAGGUCCCAGCCCCUCAGGACGGGAGAGACACCGGCUCCAGGUGACCCAGCACAGCUAUCGCAGCCACAUGGAGUACACAGUCAGUGACCACAAACCUGUGGCUGCCCAGUUCAUUCUGCACUUUGCCUUCAGAGACGACGUGCCUCUAGUGCGGCUGGAGGUGGCAGACGAAUGGGUACGGCCAGAGCAGGCUGUGGUGAGGUACCGCAUGGAAACCGUGUUCGCCCGCAGCUCCUGGGACUGGAUCGGCUUAUACCGGGUGGGUUUCCGCCACUGCAAGGACUACGUGGCUUAUGUCUGGGCUAAACAUGAAGAUGUAGACAGGAAUAUUUACCAGGUGACAUUCAGUGAGGAGUCGCUGCCCAAGGGACAUGGAGACUUCAUCCUGGGCUAUUACAGCCACACCCACAGCAUCCUCAUUGGCGUCACUGAGCCCUUCCAGCCUUUCCCGCAGAUCUCGCUGCCUACCUCGGAGCUGGCCAGCAGCAGCACAGAUAGCUCAGGGGCCAGCUCAGAGGAUGAGGAUGACAGCACCCUGGAGUUGCUUGCACCCAAGUCCCGCAGCCCCAGCCCUGGCAAGUCCAAGAGGCACCGUAGCCGCAGCCCAGGCCUGGCCCGCUUCCCCGGCCUCGCCCUUCGGCCCUCGUCCCGUGAACGCCGUGGCACCAGCAGAAGCCCCUCACCUCAGAGCCGCCGCCUGCCCUGGGUGGCCCCUGACAGGGGAAGCGAUAGUGGCAGCCGGGGAAGCAGUGAGGAGGGGGUCCCUGGGCCGCCUGGGCCCUGGGCCUUCCAGCCACCUGUGCCUCAAAGCCUGGGCUUGCUGCCUGCCUUGCGCCUAGAGACUGUAGAUCCUGGCGGUGGUAGUUCCUGGGGACCUGAUCGAGAGGUCCCGGCCCCCAAUGGCCUGUCUCCGAGCCCCCAGUGUCGGCAGGGGCUGGAGGGAGGGGGCCUGGGGCCCUGAGGGUGGGGCAGGAAGGUGGGCCCAAGUGGCCCCACUCUGGCCCAAUCUUCUGCAAACCACCUGCCUCCCUCCUGCUGCUGCUCCAGCUUUAUCUGCACCUGCCACUCUGUUCUGGCUAAGGGUGGCCCACUGAAGUCCCCUAAACUUGGUCCUGGCACUUCGACUGUGACAAUCAGCAAAACCCUAUCUGGGCCCCCAUCUAGGGUGGGGGAGCAAACCUGGAGGUCAUCAAUUAGGAAUUAAAUUCUCCAGCCUCA